AUGGCAGCCGCUGCAACAAAAGCUACUGCGGCUCAGAAGGAUUGGGCAGCAAGGCCAUAUACCGAACGAGCCGCCGUUCUACGCCGCGCCGGUCAACUGUUCGAGCAGUACGCCGACGAAAUCGGCGAAUGGGUAAUCCGCGAGGCCGGCAGCAUCCGGCCAAGGCCGGGCUGGAAACCCCAUACCGCUGCCGAAGAGUGCUACAACGCAGCAGCUUUGGCCGCACCCUGUCGGAGAGGUUCUGCGCUCGGAGCAACCUCGGCUGAGCUUCCUCGUCGCGUACCCGUCGGAACCGUCGGCGUCAUCGCGCCGUUCAACUUCCCCAUCAUUUUGUCGAUCCGUGCAGUCGCUCCCGCACUGGCGCUGGGCAAUUCGGUGAUCCUCAAGCCUGACCGCGCACGGCGAUCUGCGGCGGUGUGGUUCUCGCUCGCAUCUUCGAAGAAGCAGGCGCCCGCCGGGUGUUCAGCAUGCUGCCGGGCGGCGCUGACGCCGGUGAGGCAAUCGUGGUUCAUCCGAGCGUUCGCGUCAUCGCAUUCACCGGGUCGACCCGAGCUGGACGCGGGUCGGCGAACUGGCGGGCCGCUAUCUCAAGCGCGCUCAUCU